AUCCUCGCUAUCAACUCCUUCCCCCCUUCCAUCUCUCCCCCCCCAUUGCGCCCCCUGAAUUUCCUUUGCAAGCACCCAUUUUGCUCCGAACUUCUUGAUUGAAUGGGUGCUCUCUGCCUAGAUUUACCUUGAGAGUAUACUUCAUUACCAACACCGUGAAUAUGGACACUACCCCGGCCGAAAUCAUGGCCAUGAACCGCCAUCAAUUUGAACUCAGCUCCAUUCAUCAAUCAGAGCAUGAGUUUACAACAGGAUCCGUGCUUGCAAUCGUACAAUUCCCCGACAAUCCUGGUGCAGAUUGCAAUGGCUGUGCAUUCAAACCCGUCUAUCAAGUGCGAGUGGAUUAUGACAAGCUUAUGGCCACUGGGUCGGCAAAGAUUCAAGCAAUGCUUGCUCCUCGGCGACAGGAGCGAAUCCGUCGUCGCCAUAACCUUCAACAACUUCCCGCGGGUGUUGAGUAUGUCAUCGACUUGACACCCCCUUCAGAAGGAGCCGAGCGGGCCGAUCUCGUCGCUUCGCUGUGGCUACCCAAGGCUACCAAACUGUGGUUCCUCGCAGGACAAUACACGGCCGAUGAAAUCAUUGCAACGGGCCACAGGCCUUUUGCCAAUAAGCCCGUCGGGGCAGUUCUCGUACUGGGCCACGAUGACAGGUGCUGCUGUGUGCAAUACCAGAACGAGUACUGUGACGGAUCGCGGCAACAGAAGAAGAUUCCCGGCAUCUUCGCCGGUCCUCAUGUGCCAAGAUUCAGGCAGAUCGACGAUUAUUGCGAAGUCCGCCAUCGAGUCAAUAUCGUCCGCCUCCUCCGCGCGAUCAAUGGGGCUGACCUACUAAUCAACUCCGCCACCCGGAUGUGGACACUGGUUCACAUUGCCAUUAGCCUAGAGGUCACAUCAGUCAUUAGGGACAGCGUCGCUCAAUGGUUCCUGGCUACGCCAAACACAAAGUUCAUGGAGAUUUUCCCCGAGGAAUCCUUCAAGGUCGCCCUUGCUUUGCGGAUUCCCGAUGUUCUUGUGACCUCGUUCAAAGUAUUGGUCAACGACUUUGCCAUCGACCAUGCUGCAAGCGUCCGCCCUCAUCGGCGCCCACCCCUGACCUGGGCAAACCGGGAGCGAGGAGACUAUGGAGACAUGCCGAUGGACCCCGUCGAACACGCAGGCAUUGCUUUCUAUGAGCGGAUUAAGAGAAAAUUCGAUGCAAUCACUUCAGAUACCGCCUUGGAUGACCUCGGUAUACCCGAGUGGAAGAGGCUCCGACUCUUCUGCCCCUUGAUUACCGACGCUCAAGCGGUCGGUGGCUUGGCCACGGCUCGUAACCUUGGACUUGUAUACCAGAAGCUGGUCAACCAUAUCCAAGUUUGCUUUCAAGACCAUGUGAGUCUCGCACUUCGGCGCUCGCCAGAAUCAGGGCCUCUCGCGGAUCUCAUAGAGGCUCAGCGCCUGCACUAUACUCCUAAAGAUCAGCUCGCCGAUAUGGCAUACCUGCAGGGGAAGCUCAACAACUAUCAGAGAGCUCUCUGCCCCUUUUUCUGGCAGAAUCUACGGGUAGAAUGCCAUGAGUUUUGGAACAAGAUAUACGGAGUAUCCUCUCUCAAGAGCCUCACACAAGACUUCAACAGGCUCAUAAGCAUGGCAACAACAACCGACCUCCUGGACACCCACAUUACAGCUCUCAAUGAACAUUCCGAUUCUCGGGCGCCGCCGAGGUUCAACUCACAAGCCUUCAUCGAUCAGGUAUCAACCAAGCUAGGACAACUCGUUACCGACGUUCUGGGUACCGACUGGGAGAACGACGCCCAGGGCCCUCCAAUGGUGGUAAGCGACCACAUCAUCCGGAAGCUGGAGGAGAGCGAGCUCAAGUUCCUCCCCAUUUGGGCCGGGGGCUGUGACGACGGGUCCGGCGGCGUCUUCCAGGACGCCGUCCCGCCCGCGGAGAUGGGGCCGAGCGAGCCCGGUCCGGCCUAUCAUACCGGCUGGACCGUGGCUGCGUAUACCGACGCUGCCGGCACCGAUGCCGCGACCGUGACGCACACGGCGAGCAUCAGCGACCUCGGCUUGGACGGCCUCGCAGUCGACGACGUGCCGCGCAGCCUCGACGCCCAGGGCGGCUCCGCGUCGACCGCCACUCCGGCCCGCCUGGCCCACGGGUCCGAGCAGUUCGUGGUCAGCGAUAACGAGUUUGCUGACGCCAUGUGCCAUGAACCCGCCGAGCAUCAGGUUUUCGGGCAGGCCUUGAUGAUGUACGUCGACGGGGAUGUCGGUGAUGACGGCGAUUCCAGAACGGUUUCGUCGACGGUCGACUACGAGGUCGAGGACGAGAUGUUUUCUGACGACACGUUGUCGGCCGGGAGCGCUGAGGGCGACCUCUCCGACUUCGAGAUGCUCUGAAGGGGUACCUUCUUUCCACGUUUGAGACAACGGUGGCUAGCUUUUUUUACUGUGGUCGUCGUGGCGUCGACUGGGAGAGUGGUUUUUUCUUGGUGGAACGAAGCUUAUAUCGUUUCGUGCUUUGAAAACGUCGGUCUUGUUGGUAUAUGGAUACAGGUAUGAGGAAUGGGACAAAGCAAAAUGUAAUGACCAUUACACGGCCAUUAGCCUUCCAUUGGCAUGGAU